GUCAUCGUCAUCUAAUAUAUUAAUAAUAUAUUAGAUUAAACAAAAAUGCCUCCAAGAAAAAAAGGAACAGCGUCGCCUGAUGAACAGCGACGCAAUGAAUCUAUGAGAUUUACUACGUUCCCUGUAAUUCAGCCUAUUAAUCAAAAAAAUUAUUAUACUGAAUAUCUUAAGCGUGAAGAUCAAAUUCUAAUGUAUAGGGCCUCGGGUAAAACCUGGUCCGAAGAAACGGAGGGUAAUAAAAUAGAGACGCGAAGGAGUGACGGGGAAGAAGGAUCAGAAGAAGAGGAGGAAAAACAAGGAAAUGAUGCAAAAGUGCUUGUGAUUCAUCCGGGUUCGAUGUAUUUAAGAAUAGGGUUAGCGUCUGACGCGUAUCCUCAGACGAUCCCUAACGUGAUCGCGCAUCGACACGGCGCGACGCGUCAUUUUCGCGUUGAUGACGCGAAACCUAUAGAUGAGGAAAAAGAGCGCAUACAUUUUGAAGAAAUGCUUCAGGAAAUGGAUUUUUCGCUUAAAACGCGGUUUCGUUUGCCAAAGCGUCGUACGUCAUUGAAUACACGAGAAUUAGUUAUAGCAUAUAAUCGGGAAGUAUUACCGGAAGCGACCGUUGAGCCGGUAAACCCAGAUGAGUGGGUAGAUGUGAGUGAAAAACCGGAAAGUUUAGUUGGACACAAGGCACUUAAAAUACCAUCAUGUGCAUCUGGUGAUUAUACAUUAUUUUGGCCUAUACGUCAUAGAGUUUUAAAUAAGAAUGAUUAUGUAUCAUCACGUCAAUGUAUUGAUGAUAUUUCUGCUAUUUUGAAAUCGGCAUUAGUUGCAUUAGGAAUGCAACGUAUAGAUUGGAUAGCAUUAGCAGUAGUUUUAGUGAUUCCAGAUGCAUAUGAUAAAGUAUAUGUAGAAGCGAUGCUUGAUAUAAUAAUGCGGGAAUUACAAUUUUCUAAAGUUUGUGUUUUACAGGAAUCAGUAUGUACCGCUUUUGGAGCGGGUCUUUCUUCAGCUUGUAUUAUUGAUGUUGGUGCACAAACAACAAGUAUUGCAUGUGUUGAAGAAGGUAUUUGUUUGCCAGAAUCUAGAGUUCAACUUUGUUAUGGAGGAGAAGAUGUAACACGUUUUUUUGUUCGUCUACUUCUUAGAAAUCAUUUUCCAUAUGCAAUUGAUCUUAGAAAAGUUCAAGAUUGGCAUCUUGCAGAUACACUUAAAAUUCGACAUUGUACAGCAAAUGAAAGCAAUACAUCAAUACAACUUUUGCAUUUCUUUCAUGGAGAACCAGGAAAUACAAAAAGAUUUCAAUUUAAAGUUUAUGAUGAGCCAGUUUUAGCAACAAUGUCUUAUUUUUUCCCAAAGGUAUUUGAAAAUGAUUCUAAAAAUUAUGAAAAAAACGUUUAUAAUACGGAUAUGGUACAUGAAGAAGAGACAAAUGAAUGGAAACCUCUAGAUGAAGCAAUUGUCGAAAGUAUUACUCGUGCAUGUGAACAUGCACCCUCUGAUGAACGUCAAAAAACAAUGUAUAAAAGUCUUUUAUUAGUUGGAGGGGGAUAUGCUUUUCCUGGCUUUGUACACGUUUUAGAAGACAAAUUACAGAUCAAACAACCGACAAUUCAAUUUUUAUCCCCUCCAAGGGAUAUGGAUCCACAAAUUCUUACAUGGAAAGGUGCAAGUGUAUUUAGUCAAUUAAAAAUAUCACAAGAUUUUUGGAUUAAACAAAAAGAAUGGGAUCUCUUAGGACUUCGAUGCUUACAAUAUCGAUCUCUUGGCUAUUUUUGGAAUGGAUAAAACCAAUUAUUACAACAUAACAAAUAAUCCGAAUACACUCUGAUGU